UCUAAAAUCCAUCCCUUUCAUUUCCUUCAACAAAACUUAGGGCUUUCAUUUCCCUACUCGAAAUUCCCCAAAUUUUCCUAAAUUAAAGAUUAGGGUUUCCAAAUCAUCAUCAUCGUGGAACAAUGAGAGGUCAAGAUUUGAUAAAUACAGUAUUACCAGAAGAGUUACUCUUAGAGAUAUUCAGUCAUAUCGAAGGAUCAAAAUCUGAUUGUGAUUCCUGUUCCUUAGUUUGUAAAAGAUGGAUGAAAUUAGAAAGGGUUAGUAGGCGUACACUUAGAAUUGCUGGUUCUUCUGGUAAUCCACCAGAUGUUUUGAUUAAAUUAUUAGUUGAGAAAUUUGUUAAUGUUAGAAAUGUUUUUAUUGAUGAGAGAUUACCGGUUUCAAUACCUCCUAAUCAUUCUACGUACUCGUAUAGGGGGCAUUCGUAUUCCCGGAGUAAACCUAUUAAAGGAAAAGGUCGUGGUAGAAAAGCGGCUAGCUCAUCUUCAAAAGCUGGUGUUAUUGGGGCUGAGAAUAGUGGGUCUGAAGAACUUGAUGUAGAACCAUUUACCUUAUCAGAUGCUGGUUUGACUUCUCUUGCUCAGAUUGUUAGAUUAGAAAAGUUGAGCUUAAUCUGGUGCUCUAACGUGAGAAAUGAAGGACUAACAUCUCUGGCUGAGAAAUGUCGGAAUCUGAAAUCCUUGGAUUUACAGGGUUGUUAUGUUGGAGAUCAAGGUAUAGCAGCUGUGGGUCAGUGGUGUAAGCAACUUGAAGAUUUAAACUUGCGUUUUUGUGAAGGCUUGACCGAUGCAGGUUUAGUUGAAUUAGCUCCUGGCUGUGGAAAAUCGCUAAAAACUCUUGGAAUAGCAACUUGUGCAAGAAUAACUGAUACUUCAUUAGAAGCUAUUGGAUUGUAUUGCACCUCUCUUCAGACAUUGUCACUGGAUUCUGAUGUGAUCAAGAACCAAGGGGUGCUUUCCAUAGCUAAAGGAUGCCCAUCUUUGAAAGUUCUGAAGUUGCAUUGUGUAAAUGUCACAGAUGAUGCUUUACUAGCUGUUGGUGCCUACUGCGUGUCAUUGGAGUUGCUGGCUUUAAACAGUUUUCAGAGGUUUACUGACAAGAGUCUCCUUUGCAUUGGGCAGGGUUGCAAGAAGCUCAAAAAUCUUAUGAUAAGUGAUUGUUAUUUCUUAACCGACAUGAGCCUCCAAGCAAUUGGGUCUGGUUGUUCAGGGCUGACACAUCUUGAAGUUAAUGGAUGCCACAAUAUUGGAACACUCGGAUUGGAGUAUAUUGGAAAAUCUUGCCCGCAGCUUUCUGAACUGGCGUUACUCUACUGCCAGAGAAUAGGCAAUGAUGCUCUUCUUGAAAUUGGCAGAGGCUGUAAAUUGUUACAAGCUCUUCACUUGGUGGAUUGUUCAAAUAUAGGAGAUGAUGCCAUAUGCCAUGUAGCUCGGGGUUGUAAGAAGUUGCAGAAGCUUCAUAUUCGUCGAUGUUAUGAGAUUGGAGACAGGGGAAUCAUAGCUGUUGGUGAGAACUGUCACUAUCUAACAGAUUUGAGCCUUCGAUUUUGUGAUAGGGUUGGAGAUGAUGCCCUUAUUGCUAUUGGUCAGGGCUGUCCUCUACUAGAGCAGUUGAAUGUUAGUGGGUGCCAUCAAAUUGGUGAUGAUGGACUUGUAGCCAUUGCGAGGGGAUGCCCUAAGCUUGUUCACUUAGACGUAAGCGUUCUUCAGCAUUUGGGGGAUCUGGCAUUGGCGGAGAUAGGGGAAGGUUGCCCGUUAAUAAAGGAUGUAAUACUAUCUCACUGUCGGCAAAUAACCGACUUUGGUUUAGCACAUCUUGUAAAGAACUGUACCCUACUUGAGACCUGCCACAUGGUUUAUUGUCCAUUAGUGACUUCAGUUGGAGUUGCCACCGUGGUUUCAACUUGUGUCAACUUAAAGAAGCUUCUGGUUGAAAGGUGGAAGGUCAGUCAAAGGACACGACGAAGGGCUGGUUACGUUUUAUCUUACCUUUGUGUUGACCUUUAGUAUUCUGGGUCUCCUCCCUGUUUGUACAUUAGUGUAUAAAUAAACUUUGCUUCUAUAUCCAGCCAAUGUGGGAUCACCAAAUUAGUGCCGUCAUAAAGGGCAAAGCAUGUUAAGGUUAUACUUUUCAUGUUUCGUUGUUUAUUUAAUCUUGUAUUUCUUUUCCAAGUCCUCGGUGAUGUGUUAAUAUACCACUGUGUACAACUACUAACAAUAAAAUGUUCUCAGAGACAUUUGAUUGUACUUUAUUUAUUUUUUUGGCAAAGGAUGUGUAUACUUGGUUAUUUCAUACUAUAUAAAUGUUCUGU